AACGCACCCAGUUAGCGAGGCUAAGGAAAUGCGGAAGUGGCUUCUCUGUCAAAUAUCUGCUGUAAACAUUGCUGCUCAGGAGAGUAGAGGGCGUUGAUCAGCAGGGUUUCCUCCCCGAGGCCGGAGCACAGCCGUUUCCUACACCGAUCUGAGUGUCCUGGGAGGGGGAGGAUGCAGCAGGAGCCGCCAACAGACAGCAGUGGCUUCAGGUUCACUCCUCUGGUGGUGGUGGAACUAGCCUCAAAUGUUAAGGAGGAGACCAUUACAUGGCUGCUCAGCAGGAUAAGAGACCAACAGCAGAAUGGAGGUGCUGAGCUGUUCGCGGAGCAGUUGGGCCCUUCAGUCGAGGCUCAGGAGAAGGAAAACCCCAAUGUAUUUCUGGUUGGGGCCUCAUGGCAGAGGUUGCUUUCUGGUGCUGAGGAUGUGGGCCUCUUCAAGGAGUAUAACGAUGGGUCCAUGAGGGGCUUCACACGUGCCAACAAACACAACUUCAAAGACUUUAAAGGGGAUGGAGACGGCUUCCUCAGUAUGGCUGAGUGUCAGUACAUUAUCAAGCAUGAGCUGGAAACACUGCGAGCCAAAGAUGAGACUCAUGUACCAGGACACAGCCAGGCCAAGCUCUACCCUGGGAAAUCUAUCAUUCGCAGACUGCUGUCCAAAGGGCUCUUGGUCCAAAUUUUUCCUCUGCAUGAAAAGGAAGAACUAAAGAGGCUCUCCUUUUCUUGGUAUAAAAAGGUGAAGUUGUCCCUUCAGCCUCUUGAUGACAUCCGGCACUACUAUGGGGAGGGACAGGCCCUCUACUUUGGCUUUCUAGAGUACUUCACCUUUGCCCUGGUGCCUAUGGCCCUCAUUGGGGUGCCUUACUAUCUGUUUGACUGGGAGGACUAUGACAAAUAUGUAGUCUUUGCUGUAUUCAACUUGAUCUGGUGCACUGUGAUCCUAGAGUUAUGGAAGCGAUUCAGUGCCUCACUAGCCUACCGCUGGGGCACAUUGAGCAGGAAAAAGGCCUUUGAAGAACCUCGACCUGGAUUUCAUGGUGUCCUCGGCUUCAACCCUGUGACGGGACGUGAGGAGCCAGUUUAUCCCACCGCCAAGAGGCACCUACGAAUCUACCUUGUGUCCCUGCCUUUUGUCCUGCUCUGCCUCUACCUGUCCCUCUACGUCAUGAUGAUCUACUUCCAGAUGGAGGGAUGGGCGCUGUCGGUCCAUGAUGAGGACCCCACGUUCUGGACAGGAAUACUCUUGUUCAUUCCCAGUAUUAUCUACGCUGUGGUCAUAGAAAUCAUGAAUCUCAUCUAUAGAUACGCUGCUGAGUUCCUCACCGAGUGGGAAAAUCACCGACUGGAGUCUUCGUACCAGAAUCACUUGGUCCUCAAAGUAUUAGUCUUCAACUUCUUCAACUGUUUUGCAUCGCUGUUCUACAUCGCCUUCGUUAUGCAGGACAUGGUGCUGUUGAGACAGAGUCUGGCCACCUUGUUGAUCACCAGUCAGAUCUUGAAUCAGUUCAUGGAAGCUUUCCUGCCUUACUGGCUCCAGAGGAGGCGCAACAAAAAGAUGAUCCGCAAAGUCCAGAAGAAAAGAACUUUGGAGGAUAAAGAGCUUCCUCUGGUGGAGCAAGUUCGACUGGAGGCCGACAUGAGCACCUACUUGGGUACAUUUGAUGACUACCUGGAGCUGUUCCUUCUGUUCGGAUAUGUCAGUCUGUUCUCCUGCGUCUACCCUCUGGCUGCUGUCCUGGUGGUGUUGAACAACAUCACUGAGGUUUAUUCUGAUGCCUUCAAAAUGUGUCAAGUGUUCAAACGACCCUUCUCUGACCCAGCUGCAAACAUAGGAGUGUGGCAGCUUGCCUUUGAGGCCAUGAGUGUGAUAGCUGUUGUGACCAACUGUGCACUGAUCGGCAUGUCCCCACAAGUCAAAGCUUACUUUCCUGAAUCAGAGACACAACUAAUACUGUGGACUGUGGCUAUUGAGCAUGGACUGCUGGCCUUCAAGUUCAUCCUGACCUUCCUCAUCCCAGAUAUUCCCAAGCAUAUCCAGAUCAAACUGUCACGUCUGGAGUUUGAAUCGCUGGAGGCCCUCAAGAAAAAGAGACAGCUCCAUGGAGGAAAAUGCUGGAAGCCGCGGAGCUCAGUAAGACUUUCCAGUGAGGAGGACAGGAGGCCCUGCAGACUCUGAUGAAGACUCCUGUUUACGUAUUGACAAACACUCCUCACAUGUAUGUAUUAUGUUACUUUUGGAGUUUGAGUGGCCCGUUUUUUAUGUGCAGGGGUUCACUGUUAUUCUGCAAUAUCUUUACGGCAUCACUGAAAGGGGUGAGUUUACAUGGUUUUACUGUUGGAGGGGUGGAACAGAGGAAGGGUGCAUAGCUGUGUACCAGAUGUAUUAUGUUGGUCUCUACAUUACCUGUACUGUAAUGAGGUAUUGUGUUGGGGUUGUGUACUCGUGGGAUAAAUGGUGGGAAAUAUGGGCCAGGUGUUCAAAUCACAGAGAGAUGCUGUAAACAUGAUAUACUGUAGGGGGGAAAAAAAGUAUUUCAUAUCCAAGACUGUUGAUGGAAGUCAUUUACCAUUCUGCUUGUUCUGCUCUUUAGCCACUGAAGUCACUUUGGGUUGGGUUCAAUCAGUGCUGAGGUUUGGGAGGAUGGUUGGUUCUGUUUACUAACCCUACAGGAUGGUGGCUGAUGGUGUAUUCACAGUCUACACCUUCACCACAGCCUCCAUCUAAAGCACUCCUGAUUUGACUGACAGUAAAACAACUGAUGCUGACUGUGUUUCAGUAUUAAAGCUGCUUGUAAUGAGAUGAGUUUUUAUCCUCAGCACUUCAAGCCUGGAAUUAAAGAAAGGCCUUGAAGAUUUAAAUGUUAAAAGCAACCAAAACACUAAUUGUGAAAUAUAGUCGUGACUGUAAGAGGACACACAAUUCAUAGUUUGGUGUAUUUUCACAGAAAACGAACCAAAGAAAGUAUCAUUUUUGUCAUUUAUUUUGAAAAUCUAAACCUUGACAAGUGGCUUAUGGGCCAUAAUUCUUACGGUGUAGUCAAUUAAAUGCUGCUUCCUGUCGAUAAGAAAAGACAGUAUAAAAUGAAUUCGACUAAAAGUCGAUUAAAAUGUGUAUGUGACUAAUACACAGGAAAUUCAUCUAAAUUGUAAUUUAUCUGCAGCUUUGAAGGCUAACCCUGCUAGCAUGCAUUUGGGGUGCAGCUCUACUCUAGAAUUUCUGUUCAGUAAAUGUAAAUACAUCAACAUAAAUAGACCUCUGGCUGUUGGAUCACAGGAAAAUGUCUGAAACGGAACUAAACAUCAUGUACUGAAACUGUGGAAAACUCAUCUAUUCUAUUAUAAUAACCAUAUCUAGCAUUUAUAUUUAAGGGCAACAAGGACAGCAGUCCAACCUGAUUGAAAUAAGUCUGACCUCUGUGAUUCUGAUCUCAUUUAAUACGCUGAUAGAGUGAAGUUUAGACAUGGCAAAGCUCGAUAACACCUUCUAGAAAUUCAAACUACAUAAAAUCUCAUGGAUGGUUUUCAAAGUAAAAUGUUUCAGGUCAUAAAAUUAAAGAUAUUUAACUUUCAGUCAGUGUUCACUAUGAUUAAAACUACCAGUAAAUUACUUUGGCCUUCCUUUCCUUCCACACACAAGAGAUCAGAAUACAUGUUUGUUUUAUUGGGCUGUCUUAUCUUAGCAUGUAGCUGCUGUAUUCUCUUAUAACUAAUGUUGGUUAGUUGCUUCCAGUGUAGAGGACUAUGACUUGAAGUUUAAAACCAUGCACUCUUGUAUCACCCCUGGUGCCUUGAAAUGCAAUGCAAUCUUGUUUGUAUAUGCUCCACACACUGUCCUCCAGUAUUUACCUUAAAAAUCGUAUUGAAGCUGUAACAGCACAUUGAAACCCAGCGUCCUUGGCUUAAAUAAACUCCUAGACAAGGAAAUGAAA